AUUUACUACAUUAGAAUUAGUAACGAUGUAUUAUUAGCUAUUAGUAUAAUACGAUUUUCACUCACACGAAUAAGUACAACGUUUUUACUGACUAAGAUGAACAGCCCGGAAUCAUCGUAAUCAAACACUGUUCCCACACGGAUGAAGAAGACUGCAUGCCACACGAGAAGUCUUAGAACGUUUAUGGAACAUUUGCGUUCAUAAAAAAUGUAUGUGAAAAUAUUUCCUGCAUUUUCAAUAACAGUCUCUAUCACUAUAAUGUGUUAGUGCCAUCCAUUAACAUUAGCAAGAUAAUUUCAUGUAGAUUGAUGAAAUAAUAGAUUUGAGGAUGUCAAGGAAGUUCUGCUAUUAGCUUCUGCCGUUAAUUACACUAGUGCAAGUUAUGGCACUAUCAAAGCAAGACGACACAGCCAAUGUUGUACUCCCUGGAGAGGAAUCCAAAGACGGAUUGCCAUGUCUUACCCCACCUGUCCAAAGCAAAACAUCUACUGGCAGGACUUUGAAUGAGAAAGAGAUGGAGAAACUGACAGGUGACCAGACUUUGGUGUCUGACUUCAAGCAGAUGAAGUUGGAAAAGGAGGCACAGAAAAACUGGGACUUGUUUUACAAAAGGAACACAACAAACUUUUUCAAGGAUAGGCAUUGGACCACCAGAGAGUUUGAAGAACUGAAAGUGUGCCUUGAGUUUGAAGCCCAGAAGCUGGUCCUGCUUGAAGCUGGCUGUGGGGUUGGGAACUGCAUCUUCCCACUACUGGAGGAAGACCUCAACAUCUUUGUCUAUGCCUGUGACUUCUCACCACGAGCUGUGGAGUUUGUGAAGCAACACUCCCUGUACUGUGCUGAGCGCUGCAGUGCGUUCCAGUGUGACCUGACUAAGGAUGACCUGAGGGGUAACGUCCCAGUGGGCAGUGUGGAUGUGGCCACGCUCAUAUUUGUCCUCUCAGCCAUCCACCCAGACAAGAUGCAGCAGGCUCUGGACAACAUUUACAGGGUUCUGAAGCCAGGGGGCAUCAUUCUGUUCAGGGACUAUGGUCUGUAUGACCACGCCAUGAUGAGAUUUAAGGCUGGAAACAAACUGGGAGAGAACUUCUACGUCAGACAGGAUGGUACCAGGUCUUAUUUCUUCUCCAAAGAGCUCCUAGCAGACCUGUUCAGAGGGGCGGGGUUCGAGAGUGUAACCAAUGAGUACGUGCUACGAGAAACGGUCAAUAAGAAAGAGGGGCUUUGUGUGCCCAGGGUGUUCCUUCAAAGCAAGUUCCGAAGGCCAGACCAAUUACAGGGCUCCUGAAGUCCCUUUCCUCAACAAAUGUUUGAAACCUUCAAAGGCACAAAUGGACUAAAACCUUCAUAUAUAAAUGGAUAUCAUUGGACAAAAGCCUACACUGCCGUAUUGCUGAUCAAGUGCUGCUUGUUUGAUUAUGCCUUUUUAUUAUUAGAACUCAGUGGUGGAAAAAGUACCCAAUUGUCAUACGUGAGUAAAAGUAAAGAAACCUUAAUAGAAAAUGACUCAAGUAACAGUCACCCACUAAAAUACUACUUGAGUAAAAGUUUUUUUUUAAAUAGUAUAAUCAAAAGUAAAUGUAAUUGCUAAAAUAUACUUAAGUAUCAAAAGUAAAAGUAAAUGCUAUACAUAAUUUUAAAUUCCUUAUAUUAAGCAAACCAGAAAGCACAAUUAGUUUUAUUUACUGAUAGUCAGGCACACUCCAACACAGACAAACAAACAAAGUAUUUGUGUUUAGUGAAGUCUGUCAGAUCAGAGGCAGUAGUGAUGACUGCAUGUUUUUUUGAUAAGUACGUACAUUUUACAAUAUUCCUAUCAUGCUAAGCAUUCAAAAUGUAACGAGUACUUUUGAUUGUCAGGGAAAAUGGGAGUCAAAAGUUUUUAAAAAUCUUGUAGUGAAGUAAAAGUUGUAAAAAAUAUAAAUGAUAAAGUACAAAUACCCCCCAAAAACUGCUUAAGUAGUACUUCAACAUAUUUUGACUUAAUUACUUUACACCAAUGAUACAACUGUAUAUGAUGGAGAAUUUCUUAGAGAGAAUGGUUUGGUUGUGUAGUUUCAGAGCUGUUAAAGUUCCAAUACAAUUUUUUGCUGCAAACUUUUCCAAUCAUGUAAUACAUUUUCUUUACCACAAGGGGGAAACAAAAUCUGUCUAAAAAAAAAUCUGUAACAUCAAGUGCUCCUUGGUUAGUCAAAAUAAAUAUUCAUAUUUUUUAUCCUGCUCAA